CCGACUUCCACCGCCGCACAACAUGGUCCGCACGUCCGACAUCCUCCUCAUCCUCGUCGCCGUCAUCUUCCCGCCUGCGGCCGCCGCCAUUGUCGGCGGCGUGUGCUCGGCCGACUUCUGGAUCUCGGUCCUCUUGACCAUCCUCGGCUACAUCCCGGGUCACAUCCACGCCUUCUUCCUCAUCUACAAGAAGAUGCAGGCCGACGAGCGGUUCGGCCCGGGCAACUACGAGUACCUCGGCAACGCAGAGUACGCUCCCGUCGAGGCCCACUACGUCCCGGCGCCGCAGCAGCAGCCGUACGGCGGCCACACGCCGGCACACGGCCACUAUGGCGCCGUGCACUCGCAGGGCCAGACGACCUACGGUGCGACGGCGUGAGGAGGGAGAAGGAGGAAGAGAGAGGCUCGUGCGGGAGGGGCAGAGCGCUUUCGAGGGGCAGGGAGGCUCGCUGCUGUAUCACUCUCGCGUGCGUAAUGGACGGGUGUGCAUCGUC